GCGGCACCGGGAUAUCUCCCCCAUUGUUUCCUCCCCCACAAAUCUCAUCUUCUUCUCGCUAGGGUUAGGUCUCCGGCGCGGCGCGGCGCAAUCCGCAAAUCCCGACGACGGCGCCCCCCUGAGCCAAGCAGCGAGCGGAUCCACUCGAUCUAGUCCCAUGGCCACGGCGGUGCUCAGAUCCCACGACGCGCUCGCCAACAGGAUGCAUCUCGACGCCUUCGCCGCCUCCCCCCAGGCCGCCAAGCAGCGCCGCCGGCGCCACCCCAAGCCGGCCUCGCCGCCGCCCAAGGUGGUCGCCGGCUCUUCGCCGCCAAAGCCGGCUCUUUUGGCGUCUCCAGCGUUGAAGCAGGCCCCCGCGGCCGGCCGUCGGUCCCCGCCGGCGAAGCCUGCCCGCAAGCAGCCGUCCCCGACCAAGGAGAAGCCCCGGCAGCAACCCAUCGUGAUGGAGGCCGUCCGGAUCCUCAAGCGUGGCGAGGAGCCCCCGGUCCCCUCACCCGCCCCUGCACCUGUCCAGGCCCGGGCGCAAGCCCCGCCCGCGGACAGGCGUCUGCGGUCUCCCUCCCCUGCCUCACCGCCCGUCGUCAAGGCCCGGCCCCAAGCCCCGCCAGCGGACAGGCGCGUACGGUCUCCUCCCCCAGCCUCGGCACCUAUCGCGUCGGCCCGGGCGCAAGCCCCGCCGGCCGACAAGAGGGCGCUCCGGACCACCAGCCGGAUCGGCCCGCAGCAACCUUCCGUCGUCCCGACUAAAAAGAUGGUGCCAGUCGCCAUCGCAACCAGCUAUGCGGGCCCGGCGUUCUCGGCCGCGGCCCCGGAGCCGAGCUCCCUCCCCCUCCCAGGGUUCUUCUUCCGGCGCGCAGAGGAAGAGGCCACCCGCGGCCUCCGGUGCCUGCUCCGCAUCGGCGAGCUCUCAUGAUGACGGCUCCCCCUCCAGCAGCGUCGUGUGCGCCCCCUCCGCGGCCGCGCCGUUCUGCUCUGCUCCCUCCUCCCCCUCGUAUCACCGCCUCUGCACCGAAGCAACAACAAGAAGAAGAGGUGGUGGUGGUGGUAAUAACUCUCCCUGACUGAAGGAUGGAAGGAUUUUAUCUGUGGAUGGUCGGUGUGCGGAUGGGUCCGGCGGCAAGCUUGGCCGGAUCAGAUCCCGGCUCCGUUCCGAUCGAACCCUUCCGGUAUUUUUUCAGAGGAAGGGUCAUCGGGGGAGCGGAGGUCCGGCGGUAGGGUUUGGUGGUGGUUGCUUUAGGUUCGCGCGGUGCUGCUGCUGCUGCACAGGUGUUUGGUUCGCCUUGAUGUCGUUAGGUAGCUUGUUAAUUGUCGGUCAGUCAGAAUGAUUAAGGGUUGGUUCUUGGUUUAGGUGGCGAUAAUCUGGUAGCUAGGGAGUGGGUCUCAGGUUUGGUUGCAGUGAUGUUAAUAAUUGAAGUUUAUGUGUGCGUGUGUGGGUCGAAGGUAUGAGUUAUGAGGUAAAUUAUAUAUACUGAAAAGUAUGGAGGUAGUUGCAUCAUCAGCUGAGCUAUGUGUAGUUGGUGUAGCGACUGAGAAGUGUGUCUAGUUGCAUCAGCUAGGCUAUGUGUAGUUGAUUUAGCAACUGAGUUAUGUUAGGUAAGAGUUGUUCAUGGUCAUAUCGAAGUCUGUAUCGGUCGAUCAUAGUGUUAUAAUCCGUGAAAUAAAGUAUGUCAGUGGUAGAUUA